CACCUCUCCGCUUUUCUCAUGUAUAUAAGCUAGUGGAGUUGACCCAGAAAAUACACAUAUAUGCACACAAACACUCGUUUGAAGAUAGUGAGCAGCGCUCUUUUGUGCGUCGGUCCGCUGAAGUAUGAAGCUUCACCUUGUGGAAUAUACAGUGUAAUUCUUCAGAGGCUUUUGAACAGAUAAAGCUCAUUUGUCCUGCCGCGGUCUGGAGUCACUGAGCACAGGACACGAGGGAGAUUCUAUGGCAGAGCACAUGAUGAUGCCCAUGAACCACGGACAGGGUAACGGGGGUCUGCAUGGCUACCGGAUGGGCAUGAAUGGAGGCCUGCAGGCGGGCCCCCAGCAGCAUGUGCCCCAGCCUGGCCUGAGAGCAAUGCCCAGUGGACAGAUGAUGCACUAUGGAGCGGGGCCUCAGGGAAACAUGGAGGCCACCAUGCACCAGAGGGCCAACAUGGUGGGGCCUAUGAAUGGACAGAUGGGUCACCACCAAAUGCAGUCAACUAACAUGAUGUUCAACAACCAGGGCCAGCCGCAACAACAUCACGUUCAGCAGCACCAACAGCACCACCACAUGCACCAAGCACAGCAGCAACAGCCUCUGCCGCAACAACAACAACAACAACAACAGUACAUGAGCGGAGGUCUCACUACCCAACAGCUCAUGGCCAGCAUGCACCUUCAGAAACUCAAUACGCAGUACCAUGGACACCCGCUGGGACACAUGAACGGCAACCACAUGGGGAACGGGGUGCAGUUCCGCAUGGGUCAGGCCCAGUUGAGCAACAUGCAGCAUAUGGCCGGCCCGGCUCUCAGUCUCAAUGGCAUGGAUGCCGAUUUGAUCGACGAAGAGGUUUUGACUUCGCUGGUCAUGGAGCUAGGACUGGACAGGGUGCAGGAACUCCCUGAACUCUUUCUGGGACAGAAUGAGUUUGACUUUAUCUCGGACUUUGUGAGCAAACAGCAGCCGAGCACCGUUAGCUGCUGAGACUGGAACAUAUGGAUGCUUGUGGCGGGAUGGGCAGCAAAAGUUGCUCUUUCAAUCUAUUUUUUGUGAUCGCCAUCAACAAGACAAGAGGUGAUCAGAUGCCUCUUUCCCCACAGAAACGGGUGGUCAAGCUCCUGUCAGGACUACAGUUCUGUUUCUGUCUGGAACACCGAGCAGUGUUCCAUGGAUGAAUGUAACAACACUUCAGAACUGUGAAUUGGUGCAAUGUAUAGACACUCAAACCUUAUUUGUCUUCAAUGCAGUUUUACAUUUAAAAAUGUAUUUAUUUAUUGCUUAUCAGAUGUAUUAACAUAGAACAAAAAAGCAAUGACAUUUAAGAACCUGUGGUUUAUGGGAAACUCCCAGAAUGGUAUUGCUGAAUUGUUGUUUUUGAUCAUUUAGACCCAGAACUUUGUUCAUCCGACCCAAACUGUAAGUCUGAAGUUUUGUUAGACGGUAAAGUUUCAGCAAACCCAAACCGCUGCUUGCUUACAAUAGUGGUUAAUGCCUGUCUUGAUACAACUGGUCUAAGCUUUAGAAUUGCCUUAAAUCAAGUUGCUUUUAUUUAUUUGCCCCCACCCCACCCCAACAGUCCAAAAGGGCUCAAACCUAUGUGUGACUCGUAAUAAAGAUGGCCAAGUUUUAACUCUGACCUAAUUUUU